UUUUAAGGCCUACUUUUUUUUCUUUUCUUUUUUUCUUUUUUUUUUUUAAUUGAGAUAGAGUCUCGCUCUGUCACCCAGGCUGGAGUGCAGUGGUGCAAUCUUGCCUCACUGCAACCUCCACCUACCAAGUUCAAAUGAUUUUCCUGCCUCAGCCUCCCAAGUAGCCGGGAUUACAGGCACCCGCCACCACACCUGGCUCAUUUUUGUAUUUUUAGUAGAGACAGGGUUUCACCAUGCUGGCCAGGCUGGUCUAAAACUCCUGACCUCAAGUGAUCCACCCACCUCGGCCUCCCAAAGUGCUGGGAUUACAGGCAUGAGCCACUGCACUCAACCUUAAGACCUACUAUUCUAAGGCUCUGAGAUUCUGUGGUUUUAGAUUUUCUGGUUCUAAUAUUUUUGAUAAGGCCUCAAGGUUUUAGGUUUUAAAGCUCUAAGAUUCUGAUUUUAGGAUCUAAGGCUCUAUGAUUCUAGAUUUUUAUUUUUCUAGGGUUCAGAGUCCUUAGAAUGUAAGAUUCUAGAUUCUAAAGAUUCUUUAAUUCUAGACAUGGAGGUUCUAAGGCCUAGUAUCUAAAAUAUGAUGUUUUAAGGCUCUGAGAGUCUAGAUACUCUGGCUGUAAGACUCUAGACCAUAAGCCUUCAAAAUUUUAUCUUCUCAAGUUCUAAGAUUCUAAUGAUGAUCAAUUAUAGUUUCUGAGGCUUUAUGAUAAUAGAUUCUCUUGUAUAAGAUCCUACAUCCUAAGGGUCAAAAGCUCUAGAAUCUGCAAUUCAAAAGUUUUAAGAGUCUAAAGAUGGACUUUCUAAGGUCCAAUGUUCUAAGAUGUGAUAUUCUAAGACUUACUCUAAGAUCUUAGAUUCUCUGUGUCUAAGAUUCUAGAUCAGAUGCUCCAAGAUUCUAGACAAUUAAAUAAGAUUCUAAUGGUUUGUUCUGUUUCAAGGCACUUUAGAUUCCAUUGGUCCAAGAUUCUGGAUCCUAAGCAUCUAAGUUAUAAGACUCUCACACUCAGUUGUGACUAACUAGACACCAAGUUCUAAUCAUUUCUAAUGUUGGACACCUUUAGGUUCUUUGCUGCAUUCUGCCUCUCUAGGACCAUGGUUAAGCGUCCAAGAAUCCACAUUUCUAAAAUCUUAUAGUUCUAGACACUGUAGUUCUAAGGCUCAAAUGUUCUAAGUUUCUAAGAGUCUAAAGGUCUAGAUUAUUAGGUGCAAUUCCAAGGUUCUAACCCUAUACUGUAGUAUUCUUUGGGAUGCCCCUCUCCUUUUUAGCCAUCAUUGCUUCCUCCUCCCCUCCUGUGGGGGUGUGCCCCCUUCAAGCCUGUGCAAUGCAUUAGGGAUGCCUCCUUUCCCGCAGGGGAUGGACGAUCUCCCACCUUCCGGGUUAUGUUGCCCCCCUGAGCCAAUCCCUCAUCUUCUGAGUAUAGAGUGUGGACUCUGGUGCCUUCAGAGGGGCUCAGGUCACAUAAAACUUUGUAUAUCAAUGAGCUUCUGUCUCUUGUCUCCUUUUAGCUGUGAUGUGGCCCCAGUCCCUGGCAAUUCAGUUUCCCGCAUCAGAAAAAGGAAGGCUUGGUGGGGUCUUGGAAUUCUCUCCUCACUAAAGAGGGUAGAGAUAGACAAAAAGACACACAAGCAGAGACACAGGCUCUCCGAAACGCCCAGUGAGGAACUGGCAUACGGAUCCAGCAUCACAGACACACACACACCUGUCCCCCCGCAAAGUAACAGACACAUGAAUUAAUGGACACACCCGGGAGGACCUGGUCACAAAUACAAAGACUGAAAUUCAGAUGCAUAGAGUAACACAGACACACAGAGUUACACAGACACAAACAUAUUUACAAACAUGCUCAGGCAGAUACCUGUCACCAAUAGGAAGAGACACAGACCCAGAGUCAAGUGACACAAAUACUCAAGAGACAUGGAGAUUACAACAGGUACUCACAGCCCCGAACGUUCAGACUGACAUAGAAACACAGGCACAGAACACCUUUGACCAUCACAGACCCACAAGGGGCCUCCAGCCAAGACCAACCCACCGUGUCUGGCACGCACUCGCGAGCGGGGGUUCGCGGGUGUGGCGGGCAGGAAAUGGAGAAACCCUUGGCAGCGCCCGGACGCCCUCCAGUGGCGACUCCUGAGAACCGGCGACAGUUCAAUCCGGGCCACAAACUUUUUUAGAACAAAUCAUUGUGGGAAGCUGGGAGGAGAGAGAGAGGAAGUCGGACGUGGGCGAGGGGCGGGGUGUCUGGACUGGAACCUCUGGGCCCACAUGCCAUGGACAAUAUUACCAGGCAGAACCAAUUUUACGAUACCCAAGUCAUCAAACAAGAAAAUGAGUCCGGCUACGAGAGGAGACCACUGGAAAUGGAGCAGCAGCAGGUCUAUCGCCCAGAAAUGAAGACAGAGAUGAAGCAAGGAGCACCCACCAGCUUCCUCCCGCCUGAAGCUUCUCAACUCAAGCCAGACAGGCAGCAAUUCCAGAGUCGAAAGAGGCCUUAUGAAGAAAACCGGGGACGGGGGUACUUUGAGCACCGAGAGGAUAGGAGGGGCCGCUCUCCUCAGCCUCCUGCUGAAGAGGAUGAAGAUGACUUUGAUGAUACCCUUGUUGCUAUUGACACCUAUAACUGCGACCUCCACUUCAAAGUGGCCCGAGAUCGGAGUAGUGGCUAUCCGCUCACAAUUGAGGGCUUUGCAUACCUGUGGUCAGGAGCCCGUGCCAGCUAUGGGGUCAGAAGGGGCCGUGUGUGCUUCGAGAUGAAGAUCAAUGAGGAAAUCUCUGUGAAGCACCUUCCAUCUACAGAGCCUGACCCCCAUGUGGUCCGUAUCGGCUGGUCCCUGGACUCCUGCAGUACCCAGCUAGGCGAAGAGCCUUUCUCCUAUGGCUAUGGAGGCACUGGGAAGAAGUCCACCAAUAGCCGGUUUGAAAACUACGGAGACAAGUUUGCAGAGAACGAUGUGAUUGGCUGCUUUGCGGACUUUGAAUGUGGAAAUGACGUGGAACUGUCCUUUACCAAGAAUGGAAAGUGGAUGGGCAUUGCCUUCCGAAUCCAGAAAGAAGCCUUGGGGGGUCAGGCCCUCUAUCCUCAUGUCCUGGUGAAGAAUUGUGCAGUGGAGUUCAACUUUGGACAGAGGGCAGAGCCCUACUGUUCUGUCCUCCCGGGGUUUACCUUCAUCCAGCAUCUUCCCCUUAGUGAGCGGAUCCGGGGCACCGUUGGACCAAAGAGCAAAGCAGAAUGUGAGAUUCUGAUGAUGGUGGGCCUGCCUGCUGCUGGCAAGACCACAUGGGCCAUCAAACACGCAGCCUCCAACCCUUCCAAGAAGUACAACAUUCUGGGUACCAAUGCCAUCAUGGAUAAGAUGCGGGUGAUGGGCCUACGCCGGCAGCGGAACUAUGCUGGCCGCUGGGACGUCCUGAUCCAGCAGGCCACCCAGUGCCUCAACCGCCUCAUCCAGAUCGCUGCCCGCAAGAAACGCAACUAUAUCCUAGAUCAGACAAACGUUUAUGGGUCAGCCCAGAGACGAAAAAUGAGACCAUUUGAAGGCUUCCAGCGCAAAGCCAUUGUGAUUUGUCCCACUGACGAGGACCUAAAAGACCGAACAAUAAAGCGAACCGACGAGGAAGGGAAGGAUGUCCCAGAUCAUGCGGUCUUAGAAAUGAAAGCCAACUUCACGUUGCCAGAUGUUGGGGACUUCCUGGAUGAGGUUCUAUUCAUUGAGCUGCAGCGGGAGGAAGCAGACAAGCUCGUGAGGCAGUACAACGAGGAAGGCCGCAAGGCUGGGCCACCCCCUGAAAAGCGCUUUGACAACCGAGGUGGUGGUGGCUUCCGGGGCCGCGGGGGUGGCGGUGGCUUCCAGCGCUAUGACAACCGAGGACCCCCUGGAGGCAACCGUGGCGGCUUCCAAAACCGAGGGGGAGGCAGCGGUGGAGGAGGCAACUACCGAGGAGGUUUCAACCGCAGCGGAGGUGGUGGCUAUAGCCAGAACCGCUGGGGUAACAACAACCGGGAUAACAACAACUCCAACAACAGAGGCAGCUACAACCGGGCUCCCCAGCAACAACCGCCACCACAGCAGCCUCCGCCACCACAGCCACCACCCCAGCAGCCACCGCCACCACCCAGCUACAGCCCUGCUCGGAACCCCCCAGGGGCCAGCACCUACAACAAGAACAGCAACAUCCCUGGCACAAGCGCCAAUACCAGCACCCCCACCGUCAGCAGCUACAGCCCUCCACAGAGCUUUGGCUUUUUUCCCUCCACUUUCCAGCCGAGUUACAGCCAGCCACCCUACAACCAGGGAGGUUACAGCCAGGGCUACACAGCCCCACCGCCUCCACCUCCACCACCACCUGCCUACAACUAUGGGAGCUACAGCGGUUACAACCCAGCUCCCUAUACCCCACCGCCACCCCCCACCGCACAGACCUACCCUCAGCCCAGCUAUAACCAGUAUCAGCAGUAUGCCCAGCAGUGGAACCAGUACUAUCAGAACCAGGGCCAGUGGCCGCCAUACUACGGGAACUACGACUACGGGAGCUACUCCGGGAACACACAGGGUGGCACAAGCACACAGUAGCCAGUGUGACCCAGAGGCUCCCAGAGGCCCCUGCCGGCUUCCUCCACCAGCGCCUGCCUCUGCCCCUCCUCUGCCCCCGCCAGAUCCUGUGGUGCUGGGGAUGGGGUCAUCCCAGGGCUGCCUCCCUCCAGCCCACUGCCUCCCUCCGAGGGGCUUCCUUCCCCUCCAUAGGGCCAGGCAUUUUUCUCUGGAUUCAAACAGGCAACAAUGACCUUUUAUUUUCUGUUUGUCCCCACCUCCCCAACCUUCCACUUCCUGUUCUUCCUACCUUCUUCCUUUUUGACUAAAUAAUCCCCGCCUCCCUUGGUCAUACAGUGAGGCUACAGUGACUGAGGGGAGAAUCCCUUCCUGUUCGCUCUCCCAACCCUGCUCCAACCCCUCAGCUUCCCAGACCCUCAUGCAGUUGGUUGUAAAUUCUCCCAGGAGCUGUUUUACUGUCUACUUUUCAGGAUUAAAAAAAAAAAAAUCAAAACUUAAAAAAAAAAAAAAAAGUUUAAAAAGCAAAAUGGGGAGGGAGGAAGCAGUGACAUAUUUUUUUGGUAAUUAUGCGCUUUUUUUUAAUUUUUAGAAUUUGUCUGUUUUUACUGUGGGUCGGCUGUUGAUAUUUCAUCAAGAUAAGCAUUUCUUUCCUGGGUUCAGGUGACUGAGGAAGAGCCACAAAACAAAACACAACAAAACCAAACCACAGAUUCUUUAACCCGACUUUUUAUACGAUGCCCCAGUUCCCCAUAACUUUGCACACAAGCUUCUGUGUUCAGUUGAAUUGUAACUGCUUUUUGUAUUUGGAGAGAGUGUGACUAUUGAACUUGAAACCUUUUA